GCCCACUUGCGCCCGUAGUGUCUCUCAAUCUUUUUCUAUCUGAAUAAAUUUCCUCACCAGUAAACAACAUUUCUCUCUUUUUUUAAAAAAAAGUUUUUAUAAUUUCAGUAGCAACUUGACUCUGUAUAGUUUUGGUAAAAAGAAUAUUAGAUACGAAUCAAACCUAUUGAAUGAUUUUGGAAACCGUUGGCUUUGAUUUUGUUUACAGUGAUUAAAUGCUAAGCAAACCUGAUUAAGCAGAGUUAUACAAAAUCUGUUCUUUUUUUUUUUCGUUUUAUUUUGGUUUUCCCAGUCAGAUAUGGUGAGAGAUUCUAGUGGUGGUGGUGUUCUUCAUCACUGGAUAAGCUUUGAAUUACAAAGGGAUUAAAAUAAGUUUGGCUAUAGAAGAAAUGUGCAAGUGUUAUGUCAGAGUAGAGGGGAAGUUUCUGCUCAGAUGUUAUUUGAAGCUGCUUCUAUUCUAUCUUGUUCAUGGAGGCUGGUCUUGACACUAUCACAAGAAGUUCAGUAUUAUAAAAAUGUGUUUCAAUAACAACGAAAUGGCAAAUGAAGUGGAAACCGAGAGGCAAGCGUUUGUUUCAUCUGAGGAAGAUGAGUCUCGAGCUGAAGAUACCGUUGGAAAUGCCAACACUUUGCUACAUAUUUCUCAACAACAACAGCAACAACAACAACAACCGCUAGGUCCUGUUGUUAAUUGGGAGAGGUAUCUCCCUGUUAGAUCGCUUAAGGUUCUUCUGGUGGAGAAUGAUGACUCAACACGCCAUAUUGUUACUGCCCUUUUGAAGAAUUGCAGCUAUGAAGUUACCGCUGUUCCGGAUGUCCUUGAAGCCUGGAGUAUCCUAGAAGACGAGAACAGCUGCAUAGAUCUUGUGUUAACGGAAGUUGUUAUGCCUGUGAACUCUGGAACCGGUCUCUUGUGCAAGAUUACGAGCCAUAAGACACUUAAGAACAUCCCCGUCAUAAUGAUGUCAUCUCAUGAUUCGAUGGUUCUGGUCUUCAAGUGUUUGUCGAAUGGUGCUGUUGAUUUUCUCGUGAAACCCAUUAGAAAGAACGAGCUAAAGAAUCUUUGGCAGCAUGUCUGGAGAAGAUGCCACAGCUCUAGCGGUAGCGGAAGUGAGAGUGGGAUACAGAACAAGAAGUCUGUGAAAACGGAAAGCUCAGAAGGGUCAGAAGACGAUGCCAGCAUGAGUGAUGAAGAUCACGGGAAUGAUAAUGGGAGUAAUGGUUUGAGUAACGGAGAUGGUGGGAGUGAUAACGGGAGUGGAACUCAGAGUUCUUGGACUAAAAGAGCAAGUGAUAUUAACAUCACCUCGCCUUCGUAUCAAUUGCCCGAUGCAACCAAUAUGAAUCCGGGAACCUAUGGCAACGGAUGUGAACGUAAACUAAAGGAAGUUGAAGAUCAGAAUGAACAUAUAGGUGAUGUUGCAAUAGGCACGGGAUCGCAGGCAGGAAUGUGUAUGAGUAAGAAAGCUGAAGUACCAGGAGAUCUAGAAAAUGAUGCAAAGUCUUCUGUUAAAGCUUUGGAGAGAAAUAAUAUAGAUAUGCUGAAUCGCUCUUCAUCUAACCCAGAGGAUUUGCAAUCACUCGAGCUAAGUUUGAGAAAACCAAGAGAGGCUGGAGAUCACAGGAUCAGCGAUCGAAGUGUUUUGAGGCAUUCAAAUCACUCUGCAUUCGCAAAAUACAAUAACGGCGCUACUUCUGCUAAUAAGGCUCCAGAGGAAAAUGUGGGAAGUUGUUCUCCUCAUGACAGUUCCAUUGGCAAAAUAAUGGGUUCCGGUUCGAGCAGUGAUAAUCCUUCGAAUCAGCAGUCUAGUGGAAGCGAACGGGCAGCGCAAAGAGAGGCUGCUUUGAUGAAGUUUCGCCUGAAACGAAAAGAGAGAUGUUUCGAGAAAAAGGUAAGGUACCAUAGCGGAAAGAAACUAGCUGAGCAACGGCCUCGCGUCAAAGGCCAAUUCAUUCGCAAGAGGGAUGAUUUCUAAAUCAGGAAAUGAGUGUCCGAGUAGUGACGACUGUUGAACAACGAGAUUGGUAUAAAGGAGAGAUUUCGCUUCGAAGAUAUAAAGAACAAAAGAGAGUUUCACAAAGUGGCAUUGGAUCUGAUAAACAGAGACUCUUCAAUGCCAUUUGGAUUCUUUGGUUAUGUUUUGUAAGAAUCUUUUUCUUUUUCCAUCUUUGUUUAAUAAAGUCUAUAGAAGAUUAUUGCCAUGAGAAUUUUCAUUGUGUAUUACUCUGCAAGAAUUAUACUGUUUACUACUAUUGUAAAAAGUAAAAUCAAUCACUUACUCAAUAUGGAAAAGUUAUUUAUCUUUUUUUUUUGGUCAAG